AAAAAGAGAAAGAACGAUAGGAAGAGUCAAUAUCGCACUCACACUUCUUCCAUUCAUCACCUCGGUAAGUGACCCAGAUAUUAGGAUCGAGACCCGGAUCCCGGGGGCGCAGCUUGGAUUAAUGAGGAAUCGCCCGUUCGCACUAUACAAUCCGCGUCUGGGCUGGUCCGUCAGGCUGCGACCCCGGAUGUUGCGCAGUUUCAUGGCUUACGUACAACAUGGCUACUCCGAGUACAAGACAAGCAAUCGUUCAAGCGAUUUUAAAACGAAGAUCAAACGAGCAACUGCAAAAAGAAAAGAAAUCUAUGAAAGGAUAUAUACCAAGCUACCUGGAAGGAGAUGAGAAAUGCGUUGUUUGUGGCGAUAAAGCCACUGGUUAUCAUUAUAAAUGUAUCACAUGCGAAGGAUGCAAGGGAUUUUUUCGUCGAACUGUCCAGAAAAGUUUAGAAGGAACGUAUCAAUGCAAACAUUCAUCUCAAUGUGAAAUAAAUAAAGUAACAAGGAAUCAAUGCCAACUAUGUAGAUAUAAUAAAUGCAUCAGAGUCGGCAUGGCAAAAGAUCUUGUGCUUGAUGAAGACAAGCGAGUUGCAAAGCGAAGAUUAAUUGAACAGAAUCGUGAACUUCGACGACAUAAAGAGAUUAGUCAAAUGAUGGCACAGUGUGGAUGGAGAAUCGAACGACCGACCGAUGAAGAAAGAAGACUUAUUCAUGAUAUCACUCAAGCUUAUUUUCGAGCGAACGAUUCUCAACAAAAGACAACACUUUGCAUUCAUAACGGUAUGUCAGUAUCUGAUCGAUUUUCAACCGCUCUCACUGCUGCUAUAACAAAUGUUGUCGAUUUUGCAAAGAAAAUUCCUCUAUUUGUCAAUCACAUUUCGUCCGAAGAUCAAGUCCUCAUUUUGAAAGUCUGUUGUAUGGAAGUCAUUACACUCCGCUGUGUCACAAGUUAUCGAAAAUUGACCAAGCAAGUUACAUUAUUCCCAACUGUUGACGUCACAAAGGAGCAGCUAAGCAAAACAAGACUUGAACCGUUCAGCGAUUCACUGUUCACGAUAGCAGAACACAUGGAAGGGCUUGAUCUCACACCGGUAGAAAUUGCUUUACUGCAAAGCGUGAUAUUAUUCACAUCAGAUCGACCCAACAUUACUGAAAGAACUAAACUUGAUCACGCGCAAGAUAUUGUUAUUCGAGCUUUUGAGCACCAUCUCAAUGAAGUUUGGCCUCAUGACCCUCAAUAUUGUUCCAGUUUGCUUAUCAAAUUGACCGAAGUCCGCACAGUCAGCUCCAGUCUUGCCGAUACAUUGAUGAGUAUGAGGAUGGAUGAUCCUCAAGAAUUAGGUCGAUUGUUUCAAGUACGACCUCACUCGAACCCGGUGCCAGACUCGGCACCAUCAUUGACAAAUCCGUUCCAUUCCCAUCAACCUUCGACGUCGCAUCCCUUCUUUGAAAGAACUGGGAUGGCCGAAUUAUAUCGUGCACAAUUUCCAUCAAAUGGAAUUUAUACUCAACACAAGUCAAUUUGUAUACCUUAUACUAACGGACAUUUACUACACGCGCGUUCCAUGCCGCAUUUGUCAGCACCAAACGCAGACGUCGGAUAUGCACCUUGGAAAACGGAUCUUCUGAAAGAUAUGCUGAAUAACACAGGCGAUAACCUGAGAAAUGGAAUAACACUUAGUGCAUAUUCUUUGGAGAACGGCGUGGGAAAUCUGAUUACAACAACACCAAAUCUGGCGAAUGUUUUGGCUACCACUGGGCGAGACAAAGUUGUCGUCAACGACUCAUCAUUGAUGAAUAGAAAUGGGUUUCAACCACCGGAGAGGCUUACUCAUUCUAAUAAUAUUUCUUACAAAACUUUGCGUAACAGCAACAAUAAACUAUUCGAGAAAGCGGUAAAGCAAAGUGACAACACCACAAAUCCAACUCCAAACGUUGAAGAACGACGCCGAAUUUUAAAAUAUGAGAACUGUAAACCCAACGCUGGCUCUGAGAAUCAUCAGAAUACAUCCCAAAAAGUGUUGCCAGGAAAUGGUAUUACAAACCUUAUAACACGCAACCAUGAUCUCCUUAGAAAGUCUUUUUCACACCCCCCGACUUUCGCGUCAAAUGAUUCAGCUAUCCUUCAGCCAUGUAUCCCUACGUUGCCUUUACCUCUGCAAACCCCAAUGACUGUGGCAACGAAGGAUAUUCUAACCACACAACCCACCACUAAAAAUGGUUUUCAACCUAUGAAAGAUAUUCACAGUAAUAACCUCGUGACUGCUGAUAUUUUACGGAUGGGACUGCCGAUGUUAUUACCAUACGUGACCCGACCGCCAGCUUCACAAGCAUUACGAGUUUUACCUACGCCUUCCAGUCAGCAAUCCUCAGGUAAACAUAUAAUGGCUGACGACGAUAUGACAUGGACCAAAAAAGCAAAUCCAGGCUCAGAGAAUAAUUGUGGCAAUAACUGCCAUAACGGUCCCGAUUUAAAAUUAUCACCGGGAAAGUGCAAUAUUUACAAAACUGCAACUACCUCAAGUACCAAUGGCCUUCAUACACAAAGGAGUUUGGGGGCAAAUGGUAUAUCGACUUCUCCAUUGGGCGCCGCUGAAAAAAACUUAAACGCAAAAGACAUACUGUGUUUGAAGAGUCAAGAUUCUCGUAUAAGUUACAAUACAAAAUAUGUAGCUAUAAAGCGACCAAAUGGCUUUAUACCACAUACUACAAACAAGGUGAAACGCAAUUGUAUUUGCAAAUCAGAAUCGAAUCAACUUGUGUCGAAGACAGAUGAUUCAACUCGUAACUCAAUCACAGAUGAGUUCACUUUGCGAACUGCAGCCCACAAUCACACUCGCCCUAAAUCAUGCUAAUUAUUUCGGACAUCAAACGUCGCAAAUUGGAUGUAUAACCUGCUCAGCAUGAGUUAAUUACUAACUAGAAUUGAAUUCUGACUAUCUUUUCGAAUUGGCCGGUAUACCGUUUUCAUUGUUGUUAUUAUUAUUUUUAUCUGUUUUGGUAUAUUUUCAUGAAAUGGGUUAAUUUGUA